UCCGAGAAAACUUAUCACUGAGAGGAAAUACAAAAGCCUUAAAACCAAGCAUUCCAAAUGAAGUUUAAAGUAUGCAAUGUGGAAUGCAGUGAACCUUGCAUGUGACAGCGUCAGAGUUCUCUCCCCAGGCCUUUGCAAUUCAAGUAUAACUCUUCGUAGAGUUGAAUGUGGUUGGCCAAACAUAACAGAAGAGCAGUGUUUGUUGCGUGACUGUUGCUAUGACAGCGAUUCAGCUAGUGGCGUAGUAAACUGCUUCGUCAAACCCCACUUUGUGUUUCUUGAGCGAAUUGGUUGUUUCUCUGUGGAAAAAGAGCUGAUUAACCUGCUGAGGAAUCAAAAGGCUCCAUUUGAAAGGUCCAGUUUUGUCCAGGCCUGUGGCUCUGUAGCUUGGUCACGUGGUCUCAGAGUGUUUGCUGUACACAAUGGAAGCGACUGUCUUGGUUAUUUAGAUGUCUCCGCCACAUUACCUCGGCUUAACGUUUCACAAGGAUGUCUGGGAGGAAGAGGAGGACAAAACGUGACAGAUGUUUACCGCUUCACAAUUUUCGUUACCAACCUAACCGGACUCAAAGCGACCUACCUGACAUUCGAAAGUGUCCGUGUGGAGUGGAAUCCAGUUCCAGAACUCUUCAUUCUCGGCUACAAAGUUCUGGGGCAAAACACUUCUUUCAGUCAGUUCGUUGCCUGGAACGUGAACUCUACCCUAAUCGAAAGUCUCCAUAGCAACACUUCUUACGUUAUUAAAGUGUUUCCAGUUCACGGUUUACCAGUUGAAGGGAUCCCUCCCGAAAGUUUCCAAAGCAUCRUUGUUACCACAAAAGMAGAUCGAGGUAAAAAUUGUUCUUAAACGUGUUAGUAAUGAACAACAAAAAGUGCUCAAGACAUGAUUUUUCUCGAGAUGUCAAUUCACUGACAAGAAGACCGAUGAAAAAAAGUAAGGAAGUGAACAAUCAGAAAGUCUUGCCUUACUGUAUAACCAGAUUCCCUCAAUGGAGAACGAUCAACAGAAGGACCUCGGAUUUUUAUUGCUUAAUGGUCAAAAUUAAAAGUCAUUAAAAACUCGAUAUUUCAUGUUUGAUUAAUCAAUUACGAUUUGCGGCUUAGGUUGCUCACUCACUCCCUCGUCAACUGUCAGUC